AUGUGGGGCUCGGUGGUGGGGCCCCUGUGCACAUCUCCAGAGCUGCCCGCUGCCCCUGACCUGGGCCCAGCCACCUUCACAGGCACGCCAGUGGAGGAAUCUCUCUUCCAAAUCAUUCACUGCUACCACCAGUAUGCGGCACGGGAAGGGGAUAAGGAGACCCUGUCCCUGGAGGAGCUGAGGGCUCUGCUCAUGGACAACCUGCCGCACUUCAUGGAGAGCUUGGGCUGGAAACAGCUGUACUACAUCUCAGAGUUGUUCCGGGCAGCAGACAAGAACAAGGACAACCAGAUCUGCUUUGAAGAGUUCCUCUACAUCCUAGGCAAGCUGGCGAAAGACUACCACCUGCAGUACCACCGGCAGCUCUGCGCCCACUGCUGCACCCAGCACGGCCUUUACUAG